CGUUAUUCUCGUCUGUUUAUCUUUAUGUUAGCGAUUCAUUCAUGAUUUGCCCACAACGCAGAUGACGUUUUGCUAAACAUGAAAAUAUCGGCAAUUUAGAAAAAGUCUGCAUCAUCUCAAUUUUAACAAACAAUAUGGCGAUCUAAAUCUUCCUCAGAAUGUCGGUGUACCCGUAUAUUCAUGUAGACCCCCGCAUCUCCAUGUUCAUGUGGUUGUGAAUCGCACAAAUAAGUAGUGAAGACUACGACAAUGCUGCGUGGUGGUGGUGUCUCGCCUGGCGCGGGAGCUGAGGGCGGCGGGACUAAUGAUUUCAUGGAUCUAAGUCCGGGUGCGGGCGGUGCGCUGGACGACGAUGCAUUGCUCCCGCAGGAACAGUUUCUCAACAUCCCCAGCUUUCUUGGCAUCGAUCAACAGCAAGUGGAGGACAGCAGCGGGAUCAACAACGAGAGUAUCCAAGAAAAAACUGUGCGAUGCUAUAUCUAGGGGUGCACAUAAAAAUCAGCUGCUCUCAGUCAUGCUGGCAGCAUUUUCAAGAUGAUGAUAAACAACGCGCACAACAGAAGAUGAAGCAUCAAUUUGAAUUUGCGCAUUGUUUUUAUGAACAACAUACUAGCUAUUGACUCUCAUUGAUUCUAUUUCUAAUUCUAAACAAGCGCUAGUUCAAGACCGCAUCAGUCGCAAAACCUUCAAAAGUGAGUGCAACGUGUAGCACUAUUUUUUUUUCGUGGAUACAGAACUUGGUUGUUUCCCUGAUCAUUAAUACCGCGGAUCACCAGGAUCAGCGUGUGGAGCAGGUGCGGCUGCGGGGGCACCUGGGUGGGCAAGUGGGCGGGAAUGACACGGUCAUGGGAAACUUUGACGUGCCGC